UUAUUUCUAUUCCAAGCCGAUUAGCCAGGUAGAGUAUAAAUACUUAAAACAAUUCAGGCAUCAACUCUGACUUGUAUCGCUUAAGCGACUUAGCGUGCAGAGUUUUGUACUGACAUGAGCCCCCCCUCCCCACACGUGUCUUCUGCGCUGACUCAACAUGGUUCCUUUAGCCCAACAGUUAACUUCGGCCGCCUGAGUUGUGCUCCUCUGCGAGCUCCACACCCUUAGACAUUUUUUUUCGCACUGAUGUGACGGUUUAAACUGGACAGUGAAGUGUGCAGGUUGGAUCUCUCAGGAUCGUCUGCCGGUCCUUUCUGGUGACAUCUUUCGGCCCCUGGCUCUGAUCACAUCAAUAUGGCUAGUGGUGAUGAGGAUGAUCCCAUUAUAGAGGAGAUUGACGUAUACCUUUCCAAAAGCCUUGCAGAUAAGUUGUAUCUUCUCCAGUACCCUGUGCGACCGGGCACCAUGACCUACGAUGACGUCAACCACCUGUCGGCUAAGAUCAAACCCAAACAACAGAGGCUGGAGCUGGAAAUGGCCAUCAACACCAUGAGUCCCAAUUACUGUCGCAGUAAAGGAGAGCAAAUCGCUCUGAAUGUGGACGGGACGUCCUUUGAUGAAACAAACACCUACUCGGCAAAAAUGAUGGACAAACAGACGUUUUCCUCCAUGCAGGCCACCACCAAUACCUCGAGAUAUGCGGCUGCUGUGUUUCGCAAAGGUGAGCUGCAUAUCACCCCUCUGACGGGAAUCCUGCAGAUGAGACCCAGCUUCUCUUACUUGGACAAGGCGGACAGCAAAACUAGGGAGCGGGAAGCAGCCAAUGAAGGAGGAGAUUCCUCUCAGGAUGAAGCUGAGGAGGAAGCCAAAGCGAUUACAGUGAGGUUUGCCCGGCCUGAGUCUGAGCAGGCGCGGCAAAGGAGGAUCCAGUCCUACGAGUUCCUGCAGAAGAAACAGGCCGAGGAGCCCUGGAUCCACCUGCAGUACCAUGGUGCUAAGGACAACCACUCAGAUCAUGAAAGGCAGUACCUGUUCUGUCAGUCAGUGGACGCCUCGCAAAACUCUGAGCUGGUCAAAACCCCAAAGGAGUACUUGGCGAUGCUGAUGCCCCCAUUGGCAGAGGAGAAAAUUGCCAAGCCUGUUGGUCCCAGUAACGUACUCUCCAUGGCUCAGCUCCGCACUCUGCCGUUGGGGGAUCAGGUCAAGACGUUGAUGAAGAACGUUAAAGUGAUGCCUUUUGCCAACUUGAUGGGCCUCCUCGCCUCUGGUACUGACCAGACAUCAGUGCUGCGCUGCAUCCAGCAGGUGGCGCUAUUGGUGCAGGGAAACUGGGUUGUAAAGAGUGAUGUUCUGUAUCCUAAAAACACUUGCAGCGCUCACAGUGGCGUCGCUGCGGAAGUGCUCUGUCGUGGUAGAGACUUUGUGAUGUGGAGGUUCACACAGGAGCGCUCGGUGAUGAGGAAGGAGAUUGCAUCCAUUAUCAAGCUUCCCCCAGAGGACGUGAAGGAGUUCCUUGAGCAUGUGGCAACUCCUCGGGUCAACCGGGGCUGGGAGUUCCUGCUGCCCACCGAUGUAGAUUUCAUCAAGAAGCACCCAGAUGUUGCUCACAGACAGAACAUGCUGUGGCUCGGUAUCCAGAGCAAGUUAGAAAAGGUCUUUAACUUCUCAAAAGAAGACUUUAUGCCAAAGAAUUCCCCUCAGCCUGAGCCUGUUCAUGUCAGCGGGGUGCAGCGUCUGAAGAUCGCUCAGGAGCGAGCUCAAGAAAACCAGGCAUCGCUGCAAAGGGACCUGGACGCCAGACGUCCAGGAAGCAGCAUCCCGGUCAAACAGGAGCCCAUUGGCGACCAUGAGGAGGAGCUGAUGGACACCUCUUCGUCCAUCCCCAACGGUUCUGUUAAUGGUUACCCCAGUGCCACCUCCCCCUGCUUGGAUCAUGCUAACGGAGGGAGCCCCUUCAACAGGUUGACCCCGGAGCUGCAAGACUUUGUGACAAAGACUUUUCAGAAGCACGUUGUGCUGACGUUGAACGAGCUAAAGAGACACUUUAACCUCCACCUGGCUUCAAUGCCAGCGGGACAGAAUGUCUUCAGCUCGAUUUCUGACCAUAUGCUGCAGGACGCUGUGCUGCUCUGCCAGUGCAAACAAAUAAUGGUGCCUUUUCCUGCUCAGAGCAAAGCAGCUCUGGACGAAAGGAAGGUUUUUGGUCUUUGGGAGACGGGAGACAACUUCGACAAGCACCGCCGGCUGCUCUAUGACCUGUUUACAAAGAGCUACCGGGUCAGGAGGAACGUGAUUCAAGCCAAACUUGCUCAGGAGUUUGGGGAAGUGUCUAAAGCCGAAGUCGACCGGCUGCUUCAUGACUGCUGCAUCAGCAAUACAGGAUACUGGUACCUCAAGGGAACAUUACAGUCCUGACCCUGAGAACCUGUCUGCCUUCGGUCAUCGGCAGAUAAUCAAACCCUUUGCCAUGUGCCCGAUGGGAGGGCAGACGAGACCCGACAGCCAAUCACAGCAGCGGGUUCAGGCCUGAGCACUGGGGAUUGGAGGACAGAGACGUCAGCUGAGUUCUCCGCUCCGAAGAAACUUCACAUUACUGUGAACAAAGAACAACUCCUUAACGCAGCAGUAGGAGAAAAACUCCCUCAAAAGCCAGAAAGACUGAAAAGAAAUUGAUUAUAAUUGCAAUGAAGAAACCGUAAAAUAUAGAAAGGUUUUUUUUUUUUUUUUUGCCUUUACGACUUUUUUUAUAACCUGGAUGAUGUUAAAAUGUUGAAAACACGGUUUACUUUCAUCCACAUUAAGACCUUAUGAGGAGACAACUUAUUUAGUUUAGAAUCCAUCAAUUUAACACAUUUUUAAUAGGUGUGACUUUAGGUUCAGAACAUCGUUAUGUUUAUCUCACCCGCAAAUAGAAAAGUGUAAGCUGCAAGGAUGGAUUGAAACAUAUUAACAAAGUAAUCACUCAACUCCUGAAGACAUUAUGAUGCAUAUCAAGUAAAUACUGUACUAAAUGCUUUUUUGGGAAUCGUGGACCUAAAAGUUCCAUAAAUAAAAUCUAUAAUGACUGAUCAACUUUAAGAGCAAAAGUAAAUUCAAUUGCUACUGUGAAUUUAGCUUCUUAGCAUUUCAGAUGUUUUUCUUUCUUUUUGGAAGUGAGACUUUUUUCUCAACAGAACCAAUAAAGAUGCAAUUUGAGAUAAAAAUUA